CUCACAGGCCCGGCAAGGGCUCUGCCAUGUCACCACAGCCCACCCAACCUGUUUUGUGGUGGGUGGGCCUGCGUACCUGAAAGGGAAAGCGCAAGCUACAGUGGAGCCUACAGUGGAGUGGUCCCUCCCGCACUCCGUGAAGAUUAUCCAUAAGCAGCUGUCUGGUCUUAGGAAGUCUCUCUCCCCUAACCCUGUACCCAUACGUCUUCUCUGAGCCAGAUUUGGGGGCUGCAAGCGCUGAGUGGUCCUCAUCUUGCAAAAGCUGGACAAGUAUUCCUAUGUCCUAGAAGGAGCCUUGCCCUCCUCCCACAAGGCGUCCUUUGCUCCCUGUAAGAGCCUUCUUUCCAUCUGACAGUGCUGAGCUCACUUCAGACGGCUCUGGGCAGGUCAAGACAAUGAACACAGUGAGAUGGUUUAAAGGGUGCUGCUGCGAUCGGCUGAAUUCUAAGGCGAGGGAGGGCGCUCCAAGUCCGCUAGGCGCUGAGAGUGAGAGCCCACCCACCCAGAGGCGGGGGCGGGGUGGGGGCGGCGCUCCCCGCGCUCUUCUGUGCCCCCUUUCCGCUGUCUGAGCUGCUGCCUUCCGGCGAACCUGGGAUUCGGUCCUCCAGCCCCUAGAGGGCGCCGCGUCCCCAGAGGCCUUGUGGUCUCUUCGAGCUGCCAGAAGGUGGUGCCCUUGGACGCCGGGCGGCCUCGCGGGACACGUUGUUGAGGUCAUGGACUACUGUGGCGGCAAAGCUUCUGGAGACCUGGUACCCAGCCUAGCACUUCCUCCUGCCUAGUGCUCCCGGCUUUCGGCUUGCCUGCCCGCAGAGUCUUGCCCUUCCAUCUUCAAACCAGUUUCUGGAUGAGUGGAAAUCUCCUUUCACGCCGAGGCCCAAACUAUCACCCACUUGUCCAGAGCAGGCCCAUUCCUACCAGGGAGUGAUGGAAGGGCCUCUUGAAUGUGGAGGUGUGUCCCCGGACUCCCAGGGCCGUGCUGCGGACGGGACGAGGUUUGCUGUGUGUAGUUUCAGGAACACCAGGAAGGAGGAGGAACCUGCUCAACAGGUGCAGGCUAUGGACCCCAGACCUUCAAGAGCCGCAGUAGAGGCAACCCAAGGCACAGGGCUACAGGGAGGUUUCUUGUCCAUGAGGCCUCAAUCACUUCCAGAUCAAAGGGCUGCCGAUGGGUCAGGGGACUGCCAGAGGAGCAUAUUAAGAGGCCCCUCAGCCCAGUCAGAGGAGCCAGCCUUCUCUGAAGUGGACAACCUCUUGCAUCCUAUGUCCUCUCAUCUCAACCUAACACAGGGUGAGAAUGACAGUCAAGGGGGAGGCUUGAUAGGAGACCCAGGUCCAGGCAGAGCACUGCCAGAUGGCUUUAGCCCUUUAUCAGAGACAUCAUCAAAGCAACUGGAGGCAGACCCUAGUGCAUCCAGCUUUCCUAAGCAUGCUGACUGCCUCCUAGUUCAAGACCUCACCUGGGAGCUACUGGCCAGUGGCAUGGCUGCCCUACCAGGGACACGUGACACAGAAGGCCGAGCAGUGCUGCUUCUGUGUGCCCACAGCCCAGCCUGGCUUCACCCCAAGUGUGAUAGCCGCGAGCUUCUGAAUCUUUUGUUCUACCUUCGAGGCAUCCCCAGGCCCGAAGUUCAGGCCCUGGGGCUGACUGUACUAGUUGAUGCCCGAAUUUGUUCCCCAAGCUCUUUGCUCAUCUGGGGCCUCAGCCAGCUACAAGAAGCAGCCCCAGGACCUGUACAAGUGCUGCUAAUUGGAAAGAUGCCAGAGGAAAUGCCUACAGGGUUUCAGGUCAAGCAUCUGCCUUCUCACCAGAGCCUGCUGACCCACAUUCCUAGUGUGGAGUUGCCUACCUCACUAGGAGGAUGCCUGUCUUACUGCCAUCAAGCCUGGCUGGACUUCCGGAUGCGUGUGGAGACCCUACAGCAGAGUUGCCAGGUGGCUUGUGCCCUGCUCCAGGGGGUCAUUGACAGAAUAAAGGCCAUGCAGCAGCCCGUGGAGUCUGGGGAAGCUGGCCAGCUGCUGCGGCAGGCACAGUCCCUUAUGCAGCAGGUGUUACACUCACCACACUUGUCAUGGUUACAAAGCCAGGGAAGCCUGGAGCUGGCGUGGCUGAAGCAAGGGAUGCCAGAGGUGAACCUGAGCCCUGAUUACAGGUCUGCAGUAGACAAGGCUGAUGAGCUCUAUGGUCAAGUGGAUGGACUGUUGCAUCAGCUAACUCUGCUGAGCAACCAGCGAGAACGAACCCUAGGGGUCCUCCAAGUGCUGGAAGCCCAGGAGGAUGGGCUGCGCCAGAUUGAAGUGUGGUUACAGGAGGUGGGCUGGCCAGGACUGGAGGAACCAGGGGAGCCCUCACUGGACAUGCUGCUCCAGGCUCAAGGCCCUUUUCAAGAGCUAGACCAGGUUGCCCAGGAAUGGGUCAGCCGAGGGGAGAAGUUACUGCAGCCACUGGCUGGCUGGGAGGCUGCUGAACUGGGGCCCCCGGGACAGCGCCUUCUGGCCCUGAGAUCCCAGCUGAUGGAAUUCUCCAGAGCUUUGGCCCAGCGGCGCCAGCAGUUGGCAGAUGCUGAGAAGCUGUUUCAGCUCUUCAAGCAGGCCUCAACAUGGAUGGAGGAAGGGCAGCGGGUACUGACAGAGCUGGAGCAGGAACCCCCAGAGGUUGUGCUGAAGCGGAUGCAGCUACACUGGACAAGACAUCCUGACCUGCCCCCUGCCCACUUCCGGAAAAUGUGGGCUCUGGCCACAGGCCUAGGCUCAGAAGGCAUCCGCCAGAAAUGUCGCCGGGCCUGGGCGCAGUGCCAGGACACCUGGCUGGCUCUGGAUCAGAAGCUUGAGGCUGUACUGAAGCCAGCAUCAGUGAACAGCACAGCAGCCCUAUGUCUCAGGAGGGCCCCUGCUAUACGCACCAUCCCUCCACUGAGGAAGGCCUACAGCUUUGACCAGGAUCUGGGGCAGGAUCUUGGUGAUGCUGCCCGUCAUGGCCAUUAUGCAGCCCUUGUUACUGACUGCCACAGACCUGAGGCUGGAAGAGGUAUCCAGCCCAGGUCCUCUGCUUCCAUGCCUCUGUCAGGCAGCUCUGACUUCAGGAGCCUCAACAGGCUACAGCUAGUCUUGGCGGAGAUGGUGGCCACAGAGCGUGAGUAUGUCCGGGCCCUUGACUAUACAAUACAGAACUACUUCCCUGAGCUAGAUCGACCUGAUGUGCCCCAGGGCCUCCGUGGCCAGCGUGCCCACCUCUUCGGCAACCUUGAAAAGCUUCGGGAUUUCCACCUCCAUUUCUUCCUGCGCGAGCUAGAAGCUUGUACCCGGCAUCCACCUCGAGUGGCUUAUGCCUUCCUGCGCCACAGGGUGCAGUUUGGAAUGUAUGCACUCUACAGCAAGAAUAAACCUCGUUCUGAUGUCCUGAUGAGCAGCUAUGGUCAUACCUUCUUCAAGGAGAAGCAGCAAGCUCUGGGAGACCACCUGGACUUGGCUUCCUACCUACUAAAGCCCAUCCAACGCAUGAGCAAGUAUGCCUUGCUAUUGCAGGAGCUGGCAAGGGCCUGUGGGGGCCCAGCACAAGAGCUGGAUGCCCUUCAGGCAGCCCAGAGCCUUGUGCACUUCCAGCUGAGACAUGGCAAUGACCUGCUAGCCAUGGAUGCCAUCCAGGGCUGUGAUGUUAACCUCAAGGAGCAGGGGCAGUUGGUGCGGCAGGAUGAAUUCACAGUGCAGGUUGGGCGCCACAAGUCCUGUCGUCGUGUUUUCCUCUUUGAGGAGCUGCUGCUCUUCAGCAAGCCUCGCCGUGGGCCUGGAGGUGUUGACAUAUUUACUUACAAGCGUUCCUUCAAAAUGGCAGACCUUGGCCUCACUGAGUGUUGUGGGGAAAGCAAACUUCGCUUUGAGAUCUGGUUCCGUCGUCGCAAGGCCAGGGACCUGUUCGUGCUGCAAGCCUCCAGUGUGGCCACUAAACAAGCCUGGACAACUGAUAUCUCCCGCCUGCUCUGGAAGCAGGCUGUCCACAACAAGGAGGUACGCAUGGCUGAAAUGGCAUCCAUGGGUGUGGGGAACAAGGCCUUCUGGGACAUUGCCCCCAGUGAGGAAGCUAUCAAUGACCGCAACAUCAACUAUGUCCUAAAGAGACGAGAUGUUCGCUCUAGGGCCUCCAUUGCUGUGGCCCCAUUGGACUAUGACAACCCCUAUCUGGGUACCUUGGGCUCCCUUCCUGGAGACCGUGCCUCUUGCUCUGUUCUGGGAUCUCUCAAUCUGCACCUGUACAAAGAUCCAGCUCUUCUGGGUGUUCACUGGUCCCUGUAUUCACCUAACUUCCUGGAGGAAUCAGUGCUGGAUGCUGAGGCAGAGCUGGGCAGCCAGCCUUCUUUGACUCCUGAGGACUCAGAGGUUUCAUCUCAGUGCCCAUCAGUCAGUGGCUCUAGUGGUUCUGACAGCAUCUGUGUGUCAGGACAGGCCCUGGCCAGAGGCCUUGAGGACUUGUCCUGUGUUUGAAUCCGGCUUGAAGAUGAACAACAGAUAUACAACAGCCAGUAACUCCAAAGAAUACCACGCCUCAAGAUCUACUAUAACCAGUGCAUGGCUGCCUCCUGGGCCAUCUCCCUCCCCACCCCUCAUACUCAAUAGGAAUAGCCUUGUUGAUUACCAUUUCUGAUGUCUGUAGCCAUCAACUGAUUGGCCUAGGGCCUCUCAAAGGGACAUCUGGCUGCAGAGCCUAAAUAAGCACCUUGAUUCCAAGUUCCUGGGAUCCAUAUUCUGUCCCCACUCCAGCUACAACCCCAAUUGUAAGUUAAGGAUAGGAUGGGACAGAAAUCGAGUAUUUCCAGUCUGGAAAUGGAGCUCUCAGAAGUAAUGAGGGAUACAAGUGGGUUCCCAAGAGCUUCUCUUCAACCCUUGAACUAAAUGCUGAUCUCCUCAAAUACGGGGUCUAGCCUGCCCCUAAAGGCCCCUUAUUCUUGAAUUCCUAGGUACCCCACCUCCAGCCUCUUGUUUUCUGAGCCAAAUUUUGGCCGGAUGCUUUUUGAACAGCUUUCAAUUAGAGCUGUCCACUUGUUUCACUGGCCUUUGACAGUGUUUUCUCAGAGGAAUCUAGGCAUUUAUCUUGUGAUUUACUCUUUUAUUUGCUUAUAAUAAAAAACAGAGUGAUUUAUAUAA